AUGGAGUCCAGGACCUUUGAAGGUCCCAUGGACUGGGAGUAUCAGGAUCGUGGCCCGUUGGACCCCACCAGUCCCUUUGCGCAGGCGGCGCACAAUGCUUCGCGAAACACAAUGUUUGGCUCCCCAUUCAAGGCGUCGAGACCGAACAAUCCGUUUGCCAAUCUCUCGACUCCCUCCAAACCCCAGUCGCAACAACAGGCGCCGCCGCCGCAGACCUCGAGCUUCACGCCGCAAGUCGCCUCCAAGAACAUUGCACCGCCCUUUCGAAAUCCCGCAUUCACGACCCCCAGGAGGCCGGUCGAUGAGCUCGUCUUCUCGGAAGCCUCCGGUGCCGAAGACAGCCCGGCGCUGACGGAGGCGUCCGACUACCCCAACGACACGCCCGAGGUCGACCACCGUGCCGACGUGGUCAUGGGCGGUACGGUCGCGCCUCUCAAGGUCGACAAGGCGAGUCGGUACGGCCGAGCCGGGCCGUUGCUCAAGAAGCAUGCCGCGGGCAAGGGGGAGAUUCGGCCGCAGCGGGAGCGCUCCGUGGGCCUGAGGAAGCGCAAGCGUCACAAUUACGAUCGCGACGUCGGCAGCGUCGGCCGCCAUCACGGACAAGACGACAGCGAUGCAUGGAACUCGGACUCGGACACGGGCGUGGCGCCGCGAGGCUCCAAGAAGUCGCAGCAGAGGGACCGGAACCGGGACCGGGACCAAGACCAGCAGAGGGGCACGCUCGAAUCCCUCUUCUACGCCCUCAACAAGUACCCCAACACACCGGAGCACAUGCAGCGGUGGAUGCAGUUUGGCGCAAACCUCUUUCUCAUCUCGACGCUGGUGUAUGUCGGCUGGUCCGUGUUCAGCACGGUGCGAAACGACAUCCAGCGGGCCAACGCCUCGGCGCGGCUCGAGUUUGAGAGGGGCGUGGCAGAGUGCCGGACACAGUACCAGAUCAACGAGUGCAUCAAGGGCGACCGGCCGGGCCUGCUGGCCCUCUGCGCCGAGUGGCAGGAGUGCAUGUACCAGGACCCCGAGUCCAUCAUCAGGGUCAAGGUGACGGUCAAGCAGGUGGCGGAGAUUAUCAACGAGUUUACGGACGCCAUGAAUCUCAAGGCUUGGGGCAUUGUCCUGGGAUUCGUCCUGAUCUGCACGACGGUCAACGUCGGCUCGCUGGGGCGGUCGAACAGCAGGGCGCACGCGGAACCACGGCCGCCACCGCAAGGCCACGAGGCGGCUCUCGAUGGGCCACGGUCACCGGGCAUCACGCCUGGGUACAUGCUGGUGCCGGUCCAGACACCCAAGAUGCGGCGGCGGGCCAUGCUCGACGAAGGCACCGACACGGACAAUUCGCCGCUGAACCUGAAGCCGGCGCUGACGUACCAGACGCCAUCGGGACGGCGGAGCCCAAGCAAAGGGGAGCGCGGAGAGCGGCAACUGAGCCCCAUCAAGUACGGGCGGACGCCGAGCAGAGGAGCAUACUGA